AUGUCCGACGCGAACGACGCGACGUUAGUCCUCUUCGGCCGCGCCCCGACGUCACCGAAGUGUAAGACGAGACUCGCGAGAGGUCUGAACGAUCGAACUCUCGCGUCUCGCGCGUACGACGCCAUGGUGCGUUGCAUCCUUUGGCAGACUGGAAACAUCAAUGCGACCGCGACGACGUUUUACUGCGCGAGCGAGGACGACCGCGUCGCGUGUGCGGCGCUGCUGCGCACCGAUGCCGCUUGGGGAAUCGCCGCGAGGCGAGAGAUUCCGUGCGAGACGCAAAUCCAGAGCUCGGACGUCGGGACGCGCGUGGCGGACGCGUUCGAGCGCGCGUCGCGAAAGCGCGCGGAAUCGAGCGCGGUGGACCCGGAGAGCGUCGUCGUGUGCGUCGCGGGUACGGACGUGCCGAUGUUUAGCGCGAGACACUUCGAGCGGGCGAGAGAUUUAGCGAUGGUCGAAGACGGCGCGGUGGCGUUCGGGCCGUGCGGCGACGGCGGUUUUUAUUGCGUCGCCGUGCGAGCGACGAAAUCAAACAUCGACGCGCUCCGAGCGGCGUUCGGGGACGUCCCUUGGAGUACGUCGCGAACGUUAGAGUCGUGCGUCGAAGCGUGUCGCGCUCGAGGGCUGCGACCGACGACGGACAUGGAGACGCUCGCGGACGUCGACGAAGCCUCGGAUUUGGCGCGCGUCGCGCGCGAGAGCCUCGAAACGCCCAAUCUCGACGAGUACUCGCGAGAAUGUUUCGACAUCAUGCGAGCGUGCGUCAAAUAUAGUAAACCUAGCGAUUCUUAG